GCCGGAAGCGCGGCGGGCGGGCCGGGCCGGGCCGUGCUGGGCGCCGCCAUGAGCUUCCUCAUCGACUCCAGCAUCAUGUUCACCUCGCAGGUGCUGUUCUUUGGAUUUGGGUGGCUCUUCUUCAUGCGAAAGCUCUUCAAAGAUUAUGAGGUACGACAGUAUGUGGUCCAGGUGAUCUUCUCUGUGACUUUUGCCUUCUCUUGUACCAUGUUUGAGCUCAUAAUCUUUGAGAUUUUGGGAGUGCUGAACAGCAGCUCUAGAUAUUUUCAUUGGAAGCUGAACCUGUGUGUCAUUCUGCUCAUCCUAGUUUUCAUGGUGCCUUUCUACAUUGGUUACUUUGUUGUGAGCAAUAUCAGAUUAUUGCACAGACAGAAACUACUUUUUGCAUGUGUUGUCUGGUUGACCUUCAUGUAUUUCUUCUGGAAGUUGGGGGAUCCGUUUCCAAUCCUCAGCCCAAAACAUGGAAUCCUAUCUAUAGAACAGCUCAUCAGCCGUGUUGGUGUGAUUGGGGUGACACUCAUGGCUUUGCUGUCAGGAUUUGGGGCUGUCAACUGUCCAUACACUUACAUGUCCUACUUUCUCAGGAAUGUAACAGAUGCAGAUAUUUUGGCUCUGGAGCGACGACUCCUUCAGACUAUGGACAUGAUUGUUAGCAAGAAAAAAAGGAUAGCAGUGGCUCACAGGACAAUGUUCCAGAGAGGAGAAGUGCAUAACAGACCCACUGGCUUCUGGGGAAUGAUAAAAAGUGUUACAACAUCUGUUCCUGGCAGUGAAAAUCUGUCCCUUAUCCAGCAAGAAGUGGAUGCCCUGGAAGAAUUGAGUCGUCAGCUUUUCCUGGAAACUGCUGACUUGCAUGCAACAAAGGAGAGAAUAGAGUAUUCCAAAACUUUUCAGGGAAAAUACUUUAACUUUUUGGGCUAUUUUUUCUCCAUCUACUGUGUCUGGAAAAUCUUCAUGGCAACCAUCAAUAUUGUAUUUGACCGUGUGGGGAAGACUGAUCCAGUCACAAGAGGAAUUGAGAUCACUGUAAAUUACCUGGGAAUCCAGUUUGAUGUCAAAUUCUGGUCUCAGCACAUUUCCUUUAUUCUUGUUGGAAUAAUCAUUGUUACCUCUAUUAGAGGGUUGUUAAUCACACUUACAAAGUUCUUCUAUGCCAUUUCCAGCAGCAAGUCCUCCAAUGUUAUUGUUCUGCUGUUAGCCCAGAUAAUGGGAAUGUACUUUGUGUCGUCAGUGCUCCUGAUCCGCAUGAGCAUGCCUCCGGAAUACCGCACCAUUAUUACUGAGGUCCUGGGAGAGCUCCAGUUCAACUUCUACCACCGUUGGUUUGAUGUGAUAUUCCUAGUUAGUGCCCUGUCCAGUAUCCUCUUUCUCUACUUAGCACACAAACAAGCCCCAGAAAAGCAUAUGGCCCUCUGAGGCAGAAUGGCAGCCAUGCACUGCUCUCUGUCCUGUCAGCUGCACUGCUGCAAUUCCUGUGGAUUGCAGAACUUGGAGAGACGGGACUGCUCUGUGUGUUUGGCAGUGUAACUGCAAACCUUGGAGAGACAGGACUACUCUGUGUGUUCUGGCUCCUUGAACUUCCACAUGUGUCAUCAUCAAGCUCUGAGGCUCGUUUUGUUUGUUUAGCUGGAAGGGAUGGGGAUGUGUGUGUUAAAGUUGAAACAGUUAAUUGCCAAGCAAUAAAAGCAAUCCUGGACACACCACUAUGCAGGGGCGUCAGAGCUUGUGUGGUAGGCUGGCUGAGGGAACACCUCCUACUGUUGGAACACCAUCUUCACAGAAGGCACCAAGAAAUGCGAUUUUUCUUUUGAAAAUCAACUUAUAAUUGGGAUUUGGAGGACAGCAAUUCUGGAAUUGAAUGUUUGAGUCUGUGGAAUUAAAUAAGUGUUUGUAAUAUGCGA